AUGGACCCCCUCCCGCGGGGCAGCCCAUGCCCGGUCAAGGCUAUGGUCCUGCCUACUAUCCGCCCGGUCAGGGUAAAGGUGCACCCUACGGUGAACCCAGACCAAAAGAAAGCGGACGACAUAGGCGAUCCUACUCUACUGGAGGAGAAGGCAGGCAUCGCGGAAGAAGCAGAUAUGACGAAUACGACGAGGAGCCUCGCCGUGGCAAACAUCGCCUCGCUUGGUGAUCACGCCUUAGAGGCUCUUGGUUUCGUGGGAGCCAUGGAUGGAUCUCGCAAACAGGGCGACCGCGGGCAACGCCGCCGCUAUGAAUACGACGAUGACCACAGAGACCGUAGAGGUCAGGAUCAUCGUCGGGGCUAUGACAAUCAUCGUUACGAUUAUGAUGACCGCCGUCAAGACCCAAGCCGGGGCAGAAAUCACAACAGGAGUUCCUCAUUAGAUCCUCGGGCUCACGGCUAUAGAGAUGAUCCAAACAAGGCUCUACAGAACACUAUUACCGCCGCCUUGACUGCAGGAGUACUAGAAGCGUAUCGUGCCCGCAACGACCCGGGAGACUGGACUGGUGAGAAGGGGAAGCGUGUCCUAGCUGCCGUUGCCAGCGCUGGCGGUACCGAAAAAGUACUCGACCGCGGGGGCGCUAGCAAAUCUACCAAGAGGCAUAUUAUAGAGUCGACCCUCGCGGGCCUUGCGACAAGCCACCUAGUUGGGGGAGAGUCGGGACGACACCGUUCACACUCAGAAAGCCAUGGAAGGGCUAACCCAGGUGCCACUGCAGCACUGCUUGCUGCUGCUGGCAAGAAGGCUUUCGAACACUAUCAAUCUAGAUCUCGUGAGUCUGGAAGGCACGAUUAUUACAGUGAUGAUGGCCGGCAAGGCAGAUCUGGGCGAUCGAACAGGAAGCGAAGCAAGAGUCUGACCGACUAUGUUGCCAAAGGAAUGGCUACUCUGGGGUUAGAUGAGCGAGGCCGUGACAGUGGCCAUGGCAACAGCCAUCGGCGACACCGAAGUCGGUAUAGCAGCCCUCCAUCUGAGUACGAAUAUGAGUACUCCGACAGACCUCGCCACACAAAGCGCCAUCACGACCGGUACUAG